CACAAUUCGGUGCUGCACAUCUUGUUUGUUUACAUCCCCGCAUACUGCUAUCUUAGCGGGCUUCAAACGUCAAUUUAUAUUAAUUUCUUUUUUUAUUGAGGCUUUUAAAACAUGAAGCCUGCUGUGGAUGAAAUGUUUCCCGAAGGAGCCGGCCCAUAUGUGGAUCUGGAUGAGGCAGGGGGCAGCAGUGGCCUGCUCAUGGACCUGGCAGCCAACGAGAAAGCGGUCCACUCGGAUUUCUUUAAUGACUUUGAAGAUCUUUUCGAUGACGACGACCUACUGUGACACACACCUUUGUUCCUCCGACAGCCUUCGACCAAGAUGAUGAAACUGCCGUACAACUCUCUCUACGUCUGUGUCCCUCUUUCUCUUUGUACAGACUGCUUUUAGUGAAAUAAAACCUUUGUGUUUUUGCAAAAAAGAAACCA